GACAAAACGACAGACCAGAUCUACAAGGUGUGAUGCGACAUCAGGGAUUGAAAUAUUUAGCUUACAAUAAUGUCGGGUAUAGCGUAGGACUGGAAUCAUAGUUUCAAAAGACCUGUUGAUACAAUGGCGUCUUCAGCACAGAGAGGCGUUAAGUUUUCUCUGCUUGUUGGACUGUCAACAACGCCAAAAGUAAAAAUUAAGCCUUGGCAACGUGAGAAGAUUUAUGAGUGUAUUAAGACGGUCCUUCCCUUGUUUGCAAAACGUCUAGAUAUUGUUGAAAAUAUUAAAUUUUGUAAAGUUGUAAGCAUAACAAAAGACAAAAAUCAUGACAUAAAACUAGAACUUUCAGUAUCAAGUUUAGAUGAUUUUGACAAAUUGGCUGAAUAUACUAAACCAGUUCAACAAGAUUCAAAGAAUGGAUUAUCAUAUGCAAUAAGUACAUUCUUUCAAGAGCAAGAUAUACUGUCGAAAUGUGGGUUUUAUUCGAAACUGGAAAUAAACAUUUCUGUUGUUAUGUCUGAUACGGAAAGAAAGAAGUGGAAAAAAGAGCUUGGCAAACAAGGGUUAACUUCAGAGAAUUCUUCUGAUUCUGGAGGGAUUCCCAGUGUUUCUGCAAAAGUAUGUCGAGAAGAAGAUAGGCGUGGUGGAAAUGCAGGGACAAGUGUAUUAUCUAAUGUCAGUGAUGUGAAAGUUGCACAAAAUUCAAUAAAGGCAGUGAAAGGUAAUUUUGAACAAAGAAAGACUGAUUACCCAGGCAUGGCGCAAGGAAAAUGUGAACAGGUCAGUGAUGUGAAAGUUGCACAUAAUUCCAUAAAGGCAGUGAAAGUUGAUUUUGAACAAAGAAAUACUGAUUACCAAGGCAUGGUACAAGGAAAAGGUGUAAAGGACUCACAUGUUAGAAUGACAUUUAUUGUGGAUGUACCUGCAGAGUCGAAUGUCUUAUACGUUCAAAUAAGAAGCCAAUCCUUGAUGGAGUUAAAUACAGAACUGUUUUAUCGAGGAAAUUGCAUGUAUGAGGUAACUAUAAAUAUGCCUUUACUUACUAAACCGUCAUCUUUGUACUGGUAUGAGAUCAUGUUUAAGGACUACACUUUGUAUUUCUUUAAACAAACAAGAGAAGUAAAAUCUGAAUGUUUUCUUCUUGGAGAAAGUUCUAUGCACAGAGAUAUGCUGCGGGGAGAAAAAAGUCUCCAAGCACAUUUACUGGAUAUUACUACUUACGUUGGUGAUAGGGACAGUGAAAGUGACUUAAUCAUGCAAAUAGAAGAAAUAUGCAGGAAAAUCAAUUACUUGAGUAAUCAAACAAUAAAAGACGUCUUAAAGAAUUUAUUGAAAAGCAGAAGAGAUUGUUCACCAAAGUUUCUUGUUCGAUUUGCAUUUGUUGCUGGGUUUUUAUGUAGGAACAUCUUUGAUGUCCUGUAUAAUGUGCUUGAUUCUACAUUAGCACACGAAAUUCUUGGUGCCUUGUUACAGAAGAGACUGAGUGACUAUCCUGUAUCAUGUGUUGAGUACAUGCCAUCGCUGAGCAAACAUCUUUUCAAAAUAGGCUACAAAGCCAACUUCUCUGCUGUCAUGUUUUUAAGACGUGCAUCAAUAUUUCUUCCAGAAAAAUCAAUGCUAUCAGCUUUGCAGGAUUGUAUAUCUAAAAAGGAAAAUAUUUUCAUUGACGAAAAGCACUGCAAGACCGAUGCAUUUGAUAUCUGUAUAUCAUUUUACAGGAAGUAUAUUGAAACACGAAGUGAAUCUGCAUUGGGAAUUGUUCAAUGUUUAUUUCAACAUCUCCCUCUAGAUAUUGCCUUGGACAUCUUUGACCAUGUUUAUCAGUUACAUUUAUCUGAUUAUGAAGCAUAUGCUGAAGUUAAGGAAUACAUCUUUACUGCAGUAACUGCUUGUUUAAAAUCACAGAUUUUAGCAUUUUCCAACAAAAGUGUGAGAGAAAAGGACAUAACAACCCUGCUGAAAAAAGCAACUGUAUUAGGUAAAUACGGACUCACUACAAGUGAGUCCCACAUUCGAAGGACUCUAGAAGACAGUGUCAUCACUUGUUUCUCAUCACAUUUUUUGAAUAUAAGUUUUCUUCAGAAAGAUGUUGAAGACUUUCUUCAGUAUUCUGGAUGCUUUCAGGACUUAGAUACUCAGCUGCUUCUUUUGAAAUCGUGGUCAGACGCAAAAUUGACAGAUGUCCGAAAAUUGUUUGUCUCAUUCAGUCAAAAUAAAUAUCUGAAUGAUGCAUACAUUUACUUAGAAUUUGAUGCUUAUAAAAGGUGUCUGGUGAAUGAAAUCAAAAUGACGAAAUUAACGGACGAGGGUGAGAUACCAAUGGCAUUCCAAAAAUUGUGCAACAUGUUGAAGUUAAGAGUUGUAUCUGAAAGAGAAGAUGUAAAAAAGGCUCUUAUGUCUGUUACAACUGAUAUCCUUGGGCGGUAUGACUUGAGAGGAAUGCUGCAACAUGUAGACAAAAUAACAAAGUUAUGUGAAGGUGAACCAACUGCCUCAAAUUUAUACAAAGAGCAUGUUCAAGAUCAGUUGAAGAAAAGAGGAUUUGACCCAAGUGAAGUUUUGUAUCACUUCUGUACACAUGGCACUUUGCGAGUGAAUACAAAGACAACAUGUGAUAUUGUUUGCACUAUUGUGGACUUGUUUUUCAAGAAAUUUGUGCAGGAAGAUAUAUUUGAAAGGUUUUUAGCUCAAAUACCCCAUGCCUCAUUUUGGGAGCUUAUUGCAGGAGGAGAAGGUUCCCGUAUACAGGAUGUUAAGAAAAAUACCACUUUCAUUUCUGUUAUAUCCUGUUUUAAAACAGUAGCUCAGUUGCUUCAAAGUAAAGAGGUUAAUAUUUGUUUCUUGAAAAAAAUGAAUAUUUCGGACAGAAAAACAAAAAGAAUACUACAGCUGGGAAUGGGAAGAAUUGAGAAGAGUAAGAUAGACGAUAUUGAAAAUGAAUUCAAAGCUGUUGUUAAAAAUGUACACGAUACUGUUAAUAUUGUACAAGAAGUUCUUCAAGAAGUUAACAUUAGAAUGAAUGACGAAGAGAAAGUAGAUCUGACAUUAGUAAAGAAAGAAGUAGAUGUUGUGAAAGAAAGGAUAGAAAGGGGUACUUUAUCCUUGAGGGAAUGUCAGUCGAUGAAGUGGUUGUGGGGUGAACUUCGUAAACUGCCAGACAUAUGUUUGAAAGUGCAGCCAAUAAUUAAGUCUGAUGUACUAUGGAAUGUAAGCAGACGGGUUAUUUUUGAAAAGUUUGAAGAAUCUCUACAAUGCGGAUCCAAAUUGCAUGGACUUCUUUCUAUUCGGUUUCUGUUUGACAAUUUAUCUGAGGAAGAUGAUGUUGAGAACUUAACAACGAUACAACAGACAGCUGAUUUCUUAAAAAUUAUAGAAAAAGAUGGAAUCCAACUAUAUAUCAACAGCUGGGAAAAUCUUGAAACAAACAUUUCCGUAUCAAUGCAGUCUGUACAAGAAAUGUUUGAAAAUGCAAAUGUUCCCGACGAAAUUAAAACAGUGGAAACGUACAUUAAUCGCAGUAUCAAACGCACAGUGAAGACAACUCUAACACAGAUUUGGAGAAAAAAUGAAGUGAUUGAGAAAGCAAAAACAAUGAUGGCAGUACUGAAGGCAUUUGAGUGUGAUAUUUCUAAUGACAAUGAGCUAAAUAUAGCUUUGAAGUCAUUCAAUGACCUUAUUCAUCAAGAGAUUUCCGAUUUUACCUUGCAAGACGUUCAAAUUGCAUUAGAUACAAUAUUUUCAUUGGCAGAUACUUUAGAUGAUGAAACAGUGUGCAUAAUGGCUGAAAUAGGAAAGUCAUCAGUUCUGUUAGAAUUUUUGAAAGAGAUUGCUGUUGAAGACGUCAGAAAUUUGAUUGAUGCUGUAGAAGAUAUAUCUGAAUCACACGUUCAAGAGUCAACCGUCUCUGCACUGAUUGAAGUAAAAAGAUUCCUUUUACCUUUACUUAUACAAGAAAAACAGCUACAUGAAAAUGGUAGCCGUUGGAUAUUCAAAACUUUAAAGAAACAGACAAAGCAAUUUGGGAAAAAUGCAAGAAGUAUUCCUGAUAAAAUAAUUGAUUGUAGUCUAAAUAUUCACAAUUUGAAAUCACUUUACAAUAAUGUAGCAAAUAGAGGGCAACAGACAAAAGAAAUAAUCAAAAGUAUUGUAACUAAAGGCAGAUUUGUUUUCAAACUGAGGCAAGACGGUGAUCACGUGAGCUUUGAGGUGUCAUAUAAAGACAAUAAAAACAGUUUUACAAAGAAUGAAAAUACAUUGUCAGAUAUCCGUAGUCGAGCACUCCUGUUACUCAACUCUGAACGAGAAAGUUUAGAAAGCAACGUAAAUCAAGAAGAGUUCAAACUUUUCAUAGAGUAUGUAAAUAUAUGCUUAGAGAUACGAGAUAUCUUAUUUGAUCUAUAUUCUUCUGGCCAUAUCAAAUAUACAGUGUUAAAACUUGUGUUGCAGCCAAAUGAGCUUACAGAAACGAAAGAUAGACUGAAAAAAGAAUUGCAAGAUUGGAUGAGCUGCAUAUAUGAAACAAGAAACAAAUAUUAUUUGAUGAAUUUCAUACAAGGAUGUCAGGUUCGGGUUAUAUCUGAAUUUCUAGAAAGUGGUGCCCGACAAAAUGUAGUGGAGGCAAUUAUGAAGUUUAUUCAUCCAUGUUUGUCUGCAAAAUUGCUGAUUGAUACAUAUAGGUCAGAGCUGUGCUUGAAAAACGAAACAUUAGUACUUGACGAAUUGGGUCGCUCUCUUCAUGAAAUUUACGAAGGCAUGGAAAUCUACUCGAGAAAUAUGGAGAGCUUUGGCAAUAAGCAAACUACAGCUAAAUUAACAGAAUGUGUAUGUAAAGGGAAGAUACUUGUUGCUCAGCUUGGAGAAAAUAGUGACUUUGUCAUCAGGACUGUACUAGCUCUAUAUAGGAAUACAACACAUUGUAUGCCUGAACCAAGCCAGCUUUUAUUUUGUACAAGAGAAACAACAUGGAAUGAAAUAGAUCUCUUGUUACAAAGAUGUAAGUGGGCAUACAAGUUUUAUGGUUUAUUGCCGCUAUAUUGCAUAGCAAACGUUGAACUGUUGCAAAAUAAAGUCCAAUUUACUCUCGUAGACGAACUCCAAAAUUUACAAGAUACGUGCACAGAAUUUCUUUUAACAAUCGUUUGCCGCGGUUCAAAAAACCACCCAUUUGUUGAUAAAUUGAACAACAGGGUAGCCACAAUACAGCCUGUUUCUAACCAGGAAAUAGAAAAUAUUUUUCACACUAGCCACUCAAACGUCUUGACAUAUACAUCCGAAGUUCCAGGCCUUGGUAAAACUUCCAGAAUAUUAAAUAGAUCAGUUUCACAUUCUCGAAGUACUGUUACUGUUCAAGUUAGUGGUCAAGCAAAGAAAAGCCUGCUUGUAGCAAAUUUGUUAGAAGUUAAGGUUCAUAGCUUCCAUACUCUGCAUUUUGAUAUUGGAGUGGUUGAUGAUCCAUCUGAGUUGGACACAUUUUUGUUUGAACUUAUCAUUUUGAAUUAUGUUGCUUACGGAAAGCUUGCUUUUUAUAUGCCAACUAACCAUAUCUGUGUAGAAAUUGGAAAUACAAUAAAUGAUUCAUUAAGAACAAACCUGACAACUGUAACAGCUUUCAAAAGGGAACAUUUGCUUUGGAAUAAUUUUUCAGACUUUGUUUGUAGUAAAGAAAUGAACAGUCCUGUACAAGUAGUUUGUCAUUACCUUCAGGCUCUAGACAAAGGUGUACUUGACAGUGAAGAGUUGUGUUUUUCUAAAAAAAACCAUUUACAACCAUUAUCUGACUUCACAUGUAGAUGCUUGCUUGGAAAACAUAUCAAUGUCUCCUCAGACUUGUCGUUCUCUAUUGUUCACACUUUCCUCAAUGUGUUAUCUGACCAGUUGAAAAAAAUGUCAUGUAGUGCAUUUUUUAAAGUAGCACAUCUUUCCGAAAUGGUUGGAAAACUUACUGUUCCAAUGAUCAGAAGUAAUUUGGUGAAAGCAAUGAUAGAUGUUUCUCUUGAAUUCGCAGCAAGAUCAGUUAACGCCUGUAGAUCAACCCAAAGUUCAACAUUAUCAACCGGUGAUUCGUAUUGUAAAGAACCAAAGAGUAGUGAUCUAGUCAGUAAAGUACUGCAUCGGGUCGACAGUAUGAUUCGAUGGGAGGAAAGUAAUCAUCUUAUCUAUGUUUUUCACUCUCAAAACAUACAUACAUUAUCUCCAAUGUAUCGAAAAAAAGAAAAUGUUCCGGCACAUGUACAAAAACUAUUCGAAAGUCAAAUGAAAAAGAGUCUUCCAGAUUUUAGCUCUAUGGGCCAGACUGAGCUUCAAAGUAUGCUUCAGAAAGUUGCGCGAAAAAAACCUUUACCACUCGAUAAAAAUCAGUUGCAACAUUUCUCGAAAGAUUAUGCACUGACUCCAGACAAUCUUUUAAAGAUGGUAUUGAUAAUGAUGAGAAUUCAAUCACAUGUACCUGUUGUUAUUAUGGGAGAAACAGGCUGUGGGAAAACAUCACUUAUUAGGUACUUAGCUAAUAUCUGUGAUGUACCUUUUAAAGUUAUGAAUAUUCAUGCUGGUGUGUUCUCAUCAGAAAUAUUACACAUUGUAAGACAAGAGAAUGCAGAAUGUCUAGAAUCACUGGACCAGCAAAGAUGGUUGUUUUUAGAUGAAAUAAAUACAUCGGAAAACAUUGGCUUAAUAUGUGACAUCAUAUGUCAUCAUAAAUGUAGUGGACAGAGUUUAGCUCCAAAUUUGGUGAUAAUGGGUGCUUGUAAUCCGUAUAGACUAAGGUCAGUAGACGCAAUACAAACAGCUGGCCUAGCAGGGAAGGUUAAAACUGAUGAUUUGUCAAAACUUGUGUAUAGGGUUCUUCCUUUACCAGAAAUGACAGUUGACUAUGUUUGGGACUUUGGGAGCCUAAGUGAACAAGAUGAAAUGAAAUACAUAAAAAGAAUGGUUGACGGUGUAUUUAAAACUGAAUCACCGGAACAUAGCUUAUUAAGUGAUUUAUUGUCAAUUUCACAAACAUUUGUUCGUGAUAAAGAAAAAUCAACAUGCGUUGUAAGUUUGCGAGAUGUUGAAAGAUGUAAGACUCUUGUUCCUUGGUUUAUCAAUAUCUUAAAACAGAAGGAAAACACAACCACUCGACAAACCGACUUAGAAAUUAACGCUAUAAUUUUGGCUCUGGCGCACUGCUACCAUAGUAGAUUCUUACAAAAAGCUGACAGAAAAAAAUAUCGAGAAAAGCUGCUUGAAGGUUUUAAAAGGAGUAGUUUUAGCCUUAUUUUAAAAGAGAAAGAUAUACAUGAUGUUAUCAAAACGGAGCAAAGAAACAUUAUUGACCGAAUGGUUAUUCCACCUGGAACUGCGAAAAAUACUGCUUUGCAGGAGAAUAUUUUUGUGAUCCUCGUUUGUAUUCUUAAUAAGAUACCGGUAUUUGUUGUAGGUAAACCAGGAUGUAGCAAGUCAUUAGCAAUGCAAAUAAUAAGAAGUAACCUGAGAGGAAAAGAUUCAAAAGACAAGUUUUUCAAAACAUUGCCUCAGCUGUAUUGUGUAUCGUUCCAGGGGUCAGAAUCCUCAACUUCAGAUGGAAUCAUCAAAGUAUUCGAGAAAGCUCAAAACUAUCAAAAGUCAAAUAGCAAAGACUCUGUCCUGUCAGUUGUGAUCUUAGAUGAAAUCGGUCUUGCAGAAGUUUCAAGAUUUAAUCCUUUGAAAGUAUUGCACAAUCUACUCGAGCCAGAAGGAAGAAGUAGACCAGACAUUGCGGUUGUUGGUAUUUCCAAUUGGGCAUUAGAUGCUUCUAAAAUGAACAGAGCUGUGCAUUUGUCCCGACCUGAUAUGGAUGCGGAAGAAUUAUUUGAAACAUCAAUGUCAAUAAGUACUUCAUUUGUAGAAAGUACGCAAGUUCAUGAAGGCCUGUCUUUAACAUCGACGAAAACCUCAUUUUCACAACUUGAUAUAAAAGAUGAAUUGUUGCUUGUUGCCAAGGCAUACAUUAACUAUACAAAUAAACUUCAAUUCAGUAAUUUCCAUGGAUUACGGGAUUUUUACUCACUUGUUAAGUUCAUUGCAAGAAAGUUAGCAAACACAUCUAAAGGUAAACCCCUACAUAAUAAAUCUGAAGUUAUUAUGGAGGGCCUUUUAAGAAAUUUUGGUGGUCUCAAGUCUGGUCGCAAUGCUUUGUUAGACCAUUUCAAAGAGUGUAUUCAGAAUUCUGGUCCAGUAAGCUUCCUUUCUGUUGAAUUGAUAAACAGUAACAUUGUUGAUACAAUGGCUAGACACCUAAUGAUAGUGACUAAAGGUGAUUCUGUCCUAGGUAUCUUGGAACAUAACCUUAAGCAAUCGGGGAGAGAAGGAAGAGAAAUUAUCUUUGGAAGCCAGUUUGAAGAGGAUCUUACAGAUGAAUACAGUUAUAGAAUUCUAAGCAGGAUUAUUCUUUGUAUGGAGCAAGGGAUUGUGUUAGUACUAAAAGAUCUUGAAAACAUUUAUGGAAGUCUGUAUGACAUGCUUAAUCAAAACUACACUAGGAUCGGGAAGAAAAACAAUUGUAGAGUUGCUCUUGGUCCCUACAGCAAUCCGUUUUGUCAUGUUGCUGAAUCGUUCGGCUGCAUUGUGUUAAUUGAUGAAAAUAAAGUGAAUUAUUCAGAUCCACCAUUCUUGAAUAGAUUUGAAAAACAAGUUCUUUCUUUUGCAGAUGUAAUGCAUUCUCAGGAAAUAAAAGUUGUUGAAGAGUUAGAUCGCUGGAUGGAACAAAUUUCACAAAUAGAAGGGACACCAUUCACAAAAUACAGUGCAAUGCCAUUUUACAGUGAAGAACUUAUUUCUUCUCUCGUUUUGUAUAUGAAACGAAGGGACGAAGAGUUCAAUCUCACUUUUAUAGAAAAAUGCAAGGAAGAAUUACUAUGGAUAAUAAGACCAGAAGUUAUUGUGCGAUUGCCAGUAGUUGAUGAUUUUCAUAUACAAAAGUCGAGUUUACAAAUUCGAUCCGAUUAUUUUCAUCUGCCUUUGCAUAAAGGUAUCGGGAAUUUAAUACAUUUUCAGAAAAACACAGACAGUAACAGCAAUAUGACUGUAGUAUUUACCAACAGUAAUAUACAUACGAAUAUUACGGAUGAACUGGCAAAUUGGAACUUUCAAAGAGAGAAAUUAGGAGCAUUUAAAUCAGAAAAGCAACUUUCUAUCAAGCUGCAACAAUUUUGGCAGAGUGACAAGCAACUAUUAUUAAUCCAUUGCAGUGCUCAGGAAGAUGACAAACACGUUAUGUUGACAAAGUCCCUGAUAGAGAAAUAUAGGUCAGAGUAUAUUGAAUCGUCGAAAGGACCAGCAAUGAAAUUUGUUUAUCUCAUUAUUCAUUUAGGAAGUAGGGAUGUAUCGUAUUUCAAUGGAGAAUCAUCCUGCUUAGUAUCACAGAUAAAUUACUUGUCAGGUUGGAAAUUGCUUCUUCUAGAAAGCUUGGAGUGCCCACGAAUUACGCUCCCGGCCUUAUGCUCAAGGACAUUACUUGAGACGAUAGCAGUCAUGCUUCCAAUGACAGAUGUGAUACAAGAAGAACUAUUUUGGGCAUUUACAAGGAUAAAGUAUGGAAAUCACGGUCGAAAUGCGAAAAGUAUCAAUCAUAUAAUUGAGAAAAUGAAUUCGUGUCCGACUUUCCUUGAAAUUAUCAGUGAAUUAAUCUGGUCAUAUGUUCAAAACUGGUAUAAGGGCCAGUUAAACGAAGACUGGUAUGUAACAGUGGCUUGUGAUACGAAAUCGUUGAACACGUCUUCUUUCUUUGUAGAUGCACUGGAGCGACACAUUAGAAGAAUUAUCAAAAAUCCUUUGGCAAAGAUUAUUUUCAAAUUGGAACAAGUAGGAGCUAUUGAUAGCUUUUUCAUUGAAGAUUCACUAACAACAGAAAGAAGAAACUUAUGGUGCGCAAGUAAAGAUAAUGAAAAACUAUUUUCGUACUCUAUUGAAGACAAACAAAUUAAAGAUGCAAGCGGACCUGAAUGUUACCAAUGUGAAACACCAGAUCUUGAAUUGAGAUUGCCGUUCAGUCGUAUUAUUUUCGAGAGUAUUGAGGAAACCAAAAGUUUGUUUGCAGAUGAGGUUAAACGUUCAAAGUUGAAGUGUGAACUAGAAGUCGAAGAUCAUCUUCCAGAUGAAAUCUUACAUGAAAUUUGUUUGCAGCAGGAAAGUUUCAUUUUGAAAAAGAUAUCGGACAUAUUUGAAGCUGAACGAAUAACAGCACCUUUAAUGAAAGAUUAUAUUACAGAUUUCUGUAAUUUAUAUUCAUAUACAUUUUCAAAUGUCCUUGAAAAAGAAAGCAGAAUUGAAUAUAUGAGAUGGACUUUAGAACAGAGAGGUGACAUAAAUGUUCUUGACAAUGUACACCUGCUAACAAAUAUUCAUUGUUUAGGUUGGUCUCAUGUAAAUUUGUUUGAUUCAAUAAUACAACUGUUUGAAUUAUGUUCAAACGUCUUUAAAGGUGGCUCAAAUAUCUUUGUCCAGUUUCAGAAUCAUCUUUUAAGUAAAGAUAAUAAACAUGAUUCAUCUGAAAAGUCUGAAUUUUUGUUCGAAAAUUUUGAGACAGAAGAAAUAAACACAGCUUUAAUAAAUGAAUUACAUACACAUGAAAAAACUGUCGAAGAUUCAAAUGUUCAAUUUGAUACUGAUCAUCAUACAAUAGCGAAAGGUGAAAUUUCUGAUGAAUGUGUCAAUAUUGACUUAGAUGGAAGCAAUAUAUGUGCUGAGGAUCAUGUUCUGUAUGGAAGAAUUGGUCAAGAUAAACUAUUUAAGCCAUCACUUGAUUUGGAACAUCCUGAAGAGAACCCGAAAGAAUACACAAAUGUAGCUGUAACCAAAGUAGAUGAUAUGAAGGAAAAUGAAAAUGAUGAAUUAUUUCAAGAUGACUCUAAUACAUCUUAUGAAACAGAGCAGUCCAAUCUGGAUAGCGACCAAGCACAAGCGAACUGUUUGUCGACUGACAACAUCCAGGGCUUUGUUUCAUUUGUGUGUACAAGGCUUCUUCCAACAAAAGAAUGUAUGAGUGAGUUUUCUGGAAUAAAGAAUUGGCAAUUGACUGUUAAAAAUAUUUUGAUUGUGACCGCUGAAGUGUCAACUGAUUCAGAAGCUCUACAUUCGUUGAGGCUAUGUAAUGAUAUUGUCACUGAUAUUGUCCUGCCUUACAAUUUGGGACUUGAACCAUUACAUGGUAUUGGUGAGAGCUUGGUUUGCGGAAGUGUUGACUCAGAAUCGGUAUUUAGCAAUUUGCUGAAUCUUUUUAAAUAUUUAAAAGAAACUGAAUCGGCAGCACCGAUUCAGAGGGUCAUCUGUCAGUUUUUGAUGAGAUGCUUGUCAAAUAACACAGAAACUAAGGCAUUCAUAUAUCUGUUUACAGCUAUAGAAGAGGGUGUUUUACCAGAAGGUGAUAUGCAUCUACUAAAGACACCUGUAAAAUAUUUAAUUCAAAAUGAAUUAGAUGAAAAUGAAAAUGAAAAUAUAUUCAUGGAUCUCGCUACAAGUGCUGAAAACAGGGAUGCUCUUUUAGAAUCUAGUCUUUUCUUGAAUACACUUGACAGAUGUUUACAUGUUUUGAACGAACAAGAUCGAAUAGCAAGCCCAUUUGUCCUCCUAAUUAUUGAUCUCAUACAAGAUACAUAUGAGCAGGACGAAAGUAUUUCAAAUACAGAAGAUAAAUUAAUACUUGCUGGGCAAAUAUUGCAAGAGAACAAUAUUGGUUUAGCUUUUAUUUCUGCAGUUGCAUACUCAAAGGCAGCAAUUUCACUUAUAACAGAGGCGGAAAUUUCUAGCUCAGAUCAACCAGAAAUAAUAAAGAAUUUGCUUACUGCCUUUAAUGCAGUACUAUGUGGCUUAAACGACAGUAAUAUAGACAAGCCAAUGCUAGAGUAUUUUUUGACAGUGAUUGGCAAAGAUUCCUCAAUUUACAAUGUAAGGAACUAUUGUAGAAGCCUAUCAGAUAAUUGGUCAUUUCUUGAAAAAAUAAAUUGGUCAGAUGACUAUUUGUCAAAUUCGUUAGAAAACAAUCCGCUAGCAAUAGAAAUUGACGAUAAAUUGUUACAUGAAGGUGAAGGGUUCGUGGCAAAAGAACAAUCAACUGAAGCUUUUAAAAAGAGUAUGUCAAAGCUCAUUCAAAUUGCUUUAAAACAACCAGUGUCUGGUUUAUUGCUUCUUUAUACACUUACAAUGAAAAAGUGGUACAUGUCUAGACAAAGAAAAUCUCUUGAUGACAAAGACAGGAUGCAUGCAGCACUUCUGAUGGAAGAAACCAAGCUUCUUAAAUUACCCCCAGAACAAUAUAAUUUGGUGGAAUGUUUAGUUGGCAAACGAGAUUUUGUAUGUAAAUUUUUCAUGCAUGGAGAAGAGUCUAAAUUUCAGCAAUGCAUGAUCAACUCUAUACUAGUGUCUACUUUUGCACGCUUGCUUGCUUUUUGCAAUGAUUCUAAUGACGGUUCUUCAUUAUUAGGCUUAUGUCUACUUAAUCCUAAAGAAGUAAAAGGUUACAUGUUCUCGGAGAGUGUUCAAUUAAUCGGCCAACGAAAAAACAUUUAUUUUCAAGAUAAUGGAAAAUUUGCACUUUGUAAGUGUAACAGGCGUUUAUUUUUCAAGAGUUCUUCGGGUACUUCUUAUGCUUGCCCAGUUUGUGGCAAUGAACCUGUGAUAGACAAUGUACAGAUUUCAAGUAAACAGUUGACAUUAAAUCCUAUUCAUCAAACAGCCAUGUGUUCAACUUUCAGUUUUCAAAUGAGGACAUUAUCAGAUGUCGCCCUAUGUACUUUGCAGUUUCUUGUAAAUGGAUGUUUGUUAGGCUCGAUUGCUCUGGAAAUAUCAAAACAUUCAGAAAUAGAAGGUGUGUUGGGGAACCAGUGCCCAGAAAUUGAUGUCUGUCACCAACUAGAAAGCAAUAUACUUAACAACUGGGAAGAGCUGAAAAUAUUUUUGAAUAUGGAUGACCAUGAUGUUGGAAUUUUAAUGCAUUCACUCUUGCAUAAAGGAAAGCAACUCAUUUUUGAAGAAAAAUAUUCAACAUUAUCAGAAUCGCAGAAAAUAAAAUGGGAGAGCAAAUUUGAUGAUUUAGUAUCAGAAAUUCUUGAUAAGCGUGCAGUAACUAUACAGCAUACUCUUUAUCAAUGUAACAACCUUUAUAAUUUGCCAAAACAGUGUGUAGAAAGUGCUAUGCGAGAGGCUAACGAUUUUGAAAAUACAGAACAAACAGAAAGGUACGAAGAGUUUUCAACACUGUUUAGAAAGCCAGUAAAACCUUCUAGAGAAGAUUUUCAAACUCAGCUUUGUUUUACUAGAGAUAAGUUUCCCUUCUUGAUAAUGUUUCUUAGAAAAGAAGAUGAGUUUAAUCUGCCCAAACAUAUAUACAAUAUAGUUCAGUGGCAUGUGGUAACUGUUGUAAAUAUCAGUUACGUAUUCAAACGUACAGAAUGUUUGAAACUGACUGUGGGAGAAUUUCACUCAAAAAUUUCUGACCUUAAGAAGCAGAAAAUGAGUAAGCAAAUAUUUGAAAAAUUUAAAAACUCAUGGAACGCUUUAAAAGAUCUAUUAAAAGACACUGAAGGAUUUCAAACGACAAUGUCAGUUUCUAUUAAAACAAGGAUGGCUGAGUGCUUAGUACUGGAUACCACCUGUGAUAUUUAUAAAGUUUUGUCCUACCUUGUUAACAUUCAAAAUGGUCUUAUUGAUAUGGCACUGACACAUUCAUUUGCUUGUAACAACCUUCAGUUUUUACUUCGAGAUGAUGAUACUGCUUGUUGUAAAGCCGUCCCAGUUACAGAAUUAAAAAGCGUGCACUUGAUAGAAAAAACCUUUGAUUUGGAUGAAAGUUUAGCUCAAGAAUCAAACAGUGGAUUAGCAUAUGGAUUAGGAAAACAAAUCUUUUACGAUUUUGAAAAUAUUGAAAAGGAAUUAUGUGUUGACUUGCUUUCUGGAAAGGCAUAUGUCACUCUUGAAGAGCUCCCUAGAAUUGUGUUCACAGAUGAACUAUAUAAAAAUUUUGUUGCUCUUCUUGAAGAGGUAUGUCACUCUAUUCCACAGGAAGCACUUCCAGUUGAUUUAGAGGAAGCAUUUGUGAAAUCUAAUCACGAUAUGGCAAAUAUGUCUGUUGAGCUUAUCAAUUACUUGGAUAUGGUUUUGACUUUACUAAAACAGUCAAAAUAUGAUCCUAAGAAAUCUUUGAUAGACUUUGCACACGAGAGAGCCAAUAUUGUAGGUCAGCAGUUUCCAACACAAUACCUACCAACUCCAGAUAGUGGAGUGAAACUAUGUCAUAUUAUUUCUUUGCAUGAAUUACUUGAAGAGUUAAGUGUAAAUCGCAUCAUUGGGAGUUUAGUCGAGACUGAAUUGGAUGCCGACAUGAAUGAACAUUUCAGUAAAAUGCCAGAGACAAGCAUCCGAAAAUCGGAGAUAGUACUUAAAGUACUGAAAAGAUUUGUUUACAGAUGCGUUUUCAUGGGGGAAAUAGACUCUGAACAACAGGUUUUACAGUACCUAAGUCAGAAAUCAUUUUGGCCCUCACAUAUAUUCCAAAAUGAGAAACUGAUAAUAGAUGGCAACGAGGAAGAUGUGAAGGACGUCAUACCGCCUACUUUGCUUGUAUGUCACAUUGUAGCAGCGGUGUCCACAUUAAGUGAAAGCAUUGAGGCACAAAAGCAAGGGGAGGUGCGGAUGGACCGUGUUAUCGCUUCGUGGAAAGGAAAAUCUAAAGAAAAUGUAGCCAAGGUGACUCGUCAAAAGAAAGCUGUGAAAAAAUUGAGGAAAUCUUAAAUAAAUGCCAAAUUUCUUAAAGGUAUGCCAAAGUUAAGCAAUUCUUACUGUUAUUUGUAACGAAGCAGCAUUUUUUGAGGUUUAAGAAAGACAUCAAAAUAGUCGAUUAUUAAGUCACUAUAUUGAACAUUUGUUUCCCCAUUUAAUAGGACUCCUGAGUCGAUAAAGCUGACUGAAGUAAUGUGUGAAAAGACAUGUAGCGAACAAUAAAAAUCUUUACAGGAUUAAAAAGUUGCGUACUAUAUUUUAUUAUAUUUAUUCCGCCGCACAACAAAUUUAUCAGGGGGUAUAUUGGAAUCAGCUUGUUUGUUCGGCCGUCAGUCAGUUUUUCCUUGUCCGCCAAAUAACUUUGACCCACAGUCUUCAUAUUUGGCAUGAAAGUUAGUCAUGAUAAGUAGACGACCCCUAUUGAUUUUGAGGUCACUUGGUAAAAGGUCAAGGUCACAGGGGCCUCGACUGAAAAAAGGUUGCCCGCCCAAUAACUUAAGAUUCCUUUGACCCACAGUGUUAAUAUUUCGCAUGAUGGUUACUCAUGAUGAGUAGAUGACAUUACUGAUUUUAAGGUCACUGGGUCAAAGGUCAAGGUCGCAGGGGCCUUAACUGAAAAAAAGCUUGUCCGCCCAAUAACUUAAAAUUCGUUUGACCAACUGUCUUCAUAUUUGGCAUGAAAAUUAGUCAUGAUUAGUAGAUGACUCCUAUUGACUUUAUGGUCACUGGGUUCAAGGUUAAGGUCACCGGGGUCUUGACUGAAAAAAGCUUGCCUGCCCAAUAACUUAAGAUUUCUUUGACCCAUAGUCUUUAUAUUUGGCAUAGUUGUUAGUCAUGAUUAGUAGAUGACACCUAUUGAUUUUGAGUUCACUGGGUUAAAGGUCAAGGUCAGAGAGGAUUGACUAUAUAAAGCUUGUCCGCCCAAUAACUUAAGAUUCCUUUGACCCACAGUCUUCAUACUUGCCACGGAGGUUAGUCCUAAUUAGUAAAGGUCCCCAUUGAUUUUGAAAUCACUGGGUCAAAUGUCAAGGUCACAAGUGCCUUAAGCUCAAAAGACUUGUCUGCUGAAUUGCGUAACAGUGUUUUGGUCAGCAGUCUUCAUAUUUGUCAUUGAGGUUGGUUAUGACUGGAAGAUGACCCCUUUGAUUUUGAAGUCACUAGGUCUGACCUUGACUAAAAAGCUGGUCCGCCAAAUAACUUAAGGAUCCUUUGACCCACAAUCUUUAUAUUCCCAUAUUGAUUUUGAGGUCACUGGAUCAAAGGUCAUGGUUACAGGGGCCUUGACUAAAAAAUAUCCUAAGACUCCUUUGACCCACAGUCUUCAUAUUUGGCAUGAAGGUUGAUCAUGACCCCUAUUUAUCUUGAGUUUGCUGGGUCAAAUGUCAAUGUCACAGGGGCCUUUAGUUCAAAAGCUUGUCCGCUCAAUUGCUUAAGAAUGCUUUGGUUAGCAGUGUUGAAAUUUAGUAUUGUGGUGGGUUAUGACUAGUAGAUGACCCUUAUUGAUUUUAGGUGACUGUGUCAAAGGUCAAUGUCACAGGGCUUUUACUACAAUAAGUUUGUCUGCUCAAAUGCUUAAGAAUGCCUGUCUAAAGUGUAAUUGAUUUUGACAUUUUCACAUUUAGAGCAUAUAAUUAUGUUCUCAUAUAUUCAUCAUAAAACAGGCAAAGCUGCAUGAAUGGGGGUAUUCAAGUCAUGUAGUGGCAAUGUCAGUUUUGAGGUCAAAGGUAAAGGUGAUUUUGAUCUUUGCCACAAAAACAUGUAGAAUGCAUAAUUUAGCAAUGCACUGGCUUUCUACCCUCAGAUUUGGCUGGGAGGUUGUCCUUGAGCUUUAAAUGACCACUGUUGAUUCUGACAAAGUGGUAUGGGGGUAUUCACACUAUGACAGUGGCAGUUCUAGUUUUAUUUAAAGGUUUGGAUGACUUUCGUUAACUUUAGGUGUUUAAAAGACACAUUUAUUCAUGAAAGAAUAAAAAUUGUUGGUGUAAAUGACUAUUUAUUUAUUCAAACUUGAUUUUGAAGCAAUGAGAGAUUUUAACCUAUACCAGGUUUCGCUCAAUAGGGAGAGUAUUUAAUUAAGUAAUUGAUCAGGGUUUCACGGUUUGCUUAUUCUAUCUUUGUGACAAUUGAUGUCAAACAUUGUGUCUAAUGGUCAGUUGUUUCUCAUCGCAUAUUUAGAAAUCAUGUAACAUUAAUGGUAGGUCACUUGCAGAGACAUUGAUAAUUACUGGUUUUGUUAUCCAGGAAACUCUCCAGGAAAAUCAGUGUUGUGGACCUGAAAAGAUAUUACCAAAAAAUGUUAAAACAUUAGCACAAACAAAUUAAUUUUCAAGUCGGUCCUUUGACUAAAGAGUAUAGUUCUAUGAUCUGAGGAACUCUUAGGUAGCACUAUGAUCUUUAAGAUUUAGGAAUGUUAAAACUAUUCCAUUGCAUUGACCCUAAAAUUACGAGAAUUACUGUCUUUUCUAUGUAAACAUUAUGCACUUUCUGUUAAACUGGGUUAUUUCUUUUCCACCAUCAGAUUGCAGUUGAACUUUCUAGAGGCGUGCCAUGGAAACAGUUUAGACAAAUGUGUCAUAUGUUUAUGAAAUAUUUUGUAAAAUAAACACUUAUACAGAUUGAUGCUGUGUGUUUGGGAAUGCUUUGUAAAUAAAAUAUUUAUGUGUUGUGUUUUGAAAAUACUUUGUAACAGGAACAUUUAUACAUAAUUGUGCCAUGUGCUUGAUAAAUACUUUGUAGACUUAACUGCCAUUAAAUAUAGUGUCAUGUGUUUAGUAUCUUCAUAAUAUAGUUAACAUUUCCAGAACAGAUUGGUAACAUGUGUUUUGAAAAUACUUUGUUGAUAAAAUAUUUAUAUGUAAUGUGUUUUGGAAACAUUUUGUAAAUAAAAUAUCUAUAUGUAAUGUGUUUGGGAAAUACUUUGUAAAUAAAAUAUCUAUAUGUAAUGUGUUUGGGAAAUACUUUGUAAAUAAAAUAUCUAUAUGUAAUGUGUUUGGGAAAUACUUUGUAAUAGAAUAUUUAUAUGUAAUGUGUUUGGGAAUAUUUUUGUAAUCAAAUGUGAUUUUUAACAAAAGAUGAUAUGUUUGAGUUUUAAAUUUCAAAAGGUAUUGUUGCCAUACAUUUGAUAUGCACUGCAAUACCACCAUAAAUAGAAGAGUGUAAGGGAUAAUGAAUGAUGAGUUGACAGUUCAUUAAUAUUGUAAUUAUUCUUAAGCAUAAAUUGUGCCUUGAGAGAAAUAUUUUGUAACCAUCUUUUUUGCUGAAGAGAAAAACUAAAAUUAUGAAUUAUUUUUGGAUUUUAUUGUUUGUAUUGUAAAAAAAUCUAGCUAAACUACUUUUGCUAUUUGAUUCACCAUUAGCAUUACUAAAUAUGUAAUAUGUAUUCCAAGAAUGUAUUUUGAAAAUAUUUCAUUUGUACAGUGUUAAUUUGUCCUUAUUCUGAUAUUGCUAAGGAUCAAUAUUAGGAACAAAAUUUAAUUUGAUAAGCAUUUUUAAAGAUUUGACAUUUUGUUUUAGAAAUCAAUCCAUAUAUUGUGAUCCUAAUUCAUUUUAUCAUUCAUAUUUUUCGUUCAAUUGUUUUGUAAUCCUGUUAAAGUUUUCUUUGACUUUAUUCCAUAGACUUGUUUGAAUUACGGUUGAAGUUGUUACGUUUCAAUGAUUUAAGAAGCAUUGCUAACAAUAAUGAAUUACUAGGGAAAUAACAUGUUAAAACAAAAUCAGAUUUCGAUUUUAUAGAUGAUGUUUCUUUUCUUUUGAACAAUGUAUCAUAUGUAUAUUUUUGUUCAUAUUGUUCAUAUCAGAUCAUUUUUAAAACAUGAAUGAAUGGUAAUUAGCUUAUCAAGUUAACCAACUUAUUGAUUGGACAAGCCUUCUGUUUGUUCUUGCAUAUACCUGUUAUUUGUACAUGUACUCAGUUGUUUUAGUGCUGUUUAGUAGGAUAUGAAUUCAUAUGAAUAUUAGCAAGAAAUGUUGUUUGUACAUAUAUUUUAUGAUGUACAUAUUUUAUGUCCAACAAGAUUUGACCCUAUCAAUUUAUCAGUCUUUGUUAUCCUAAAUAGAACUGUAAAUAUAGGUCUGAAACUGUUCAUCAAGUCAUACCCUCCUCAUUAGUAUUUUAUCUAGUACUGUAUAUAUUCUUUGUACAAUCUUUUUAUAAAAUAUGUUUCUGUUUUGUUUUUACCAAAUAUCUGCCUUUUUUCCUCAUCUCAUGAUUAGCACUUAAUUUUUAAAUGAUUUGUAGAUUGCAUUCUUUCCCUGUAUGAUUUAUAUAGGAUUUUUGAUCCAUGUGAUUCGAAUAGUGUCAGCUGUACCCAAAAAUUGGGUAUCUUUCAUUUAUUUAACUUAUGUCAUUGCAUGAAUGUAUUAUUAUUCCUAGCAAGUGAUACAUUUAGUUAACAUUGUGUAAAUAAUUCAUUUGUCCAAUAAUUAAUCAUCAUUUUCCUAGUUUAGUUUGCUUAAACGGGUCUCAAUUCAGGGUCAAUAUCGGGACCAACAAUUACUUGAAUAUUUUCUUACCUUCUGAUUUGAAAGUUUUGAAAAAAUAAUUCUGUUUUGAAAAAAAAAACA